AUGGAGGCCGAACUCGCCGAGCUCAAGGCCGAAGUCAAGCGUCUUCACGCGAAGCUGCAAAAGGUCGAAGACGAGGCGGAAAUCCGCAAGGUCCAUUUCAAAUACGGGUAUUAUAUCGACAAGUGUCUCUAUAAUGAGAACAAACAGACACAUAUGACGACAAAGAGAGACCAGAACAAAUCUAACGCACCCACCCAGGUCGUCGACAUGUUCUCCAACCACCCUGACGCGUACGUCGAGUUUCUCGGCUCGCGCUACCGACGCAAGGAGGGCAUCCGACGGCUCUACAUCGGACGGUUCCAGACGCACUUCGUCAAGGGCCGCAACGGCCCCGUGUACGGCUUCCUGCUCGACCACCCAAUGAUGCAGGAGAUUGUGGACGUGGACGCGACGGGGACGCGGGCGUGGGCGCGGAUCCGCGCGCUCAUGUCGGCGGGCACGCACCAGUCGAUCCAGGAGGAGCACCCGCGCGGCCACGCCCAGUGGUGGGAGGGCGGCGUGUACGAGAACGAGUACAUCAAGGAGGACGGCGUGUGGAAGCCCUUCCGCUACCGCUACUUCCCCUUCUGGCACGCCGACUUUGAGCGCGGCUGGGCCCACACCAAGAAGAACUACAUCCCCUGGCCGACCAAGACGUUUCCAGAAGAUCCUCUCGGCCCGGACGAGCUGCUCGAGCAGAAGAUGCUGUGGCCCGACACGCGCGUCGUGCCGUUCCAUUACCCGCAUCCGGUGACCGGGAGGAUGGUCAAGGAUGACGACCUGCGCGCCCCAAAGUACGGCGAGGACGUGAGUACGAGCUUGCCGCCGUUGAGUAUUGCGUUGCCCAAGGAUCAGCAGGAGAAGGAGGCCGAGGAGGCGAAGAAGGUGGUGGCAGAGAAUGGUGAGAUUGCCGACACCACACCUGCGUAA